AUGGCCGAACGCCGCCAACUUCCCCUUAUCAGGCUGCAAGGCGGAGGUAGCAGAUCGUGCAUCAUCCCCGGCUUGAUGGAUCACUGGAAGCAGUUACUCGACCGCCGCCUCGCAUGGAUCCGUCACCAUCGCGACAAUCCGAACAUCAACCCUGACGUCGACACGAGCAAGUUGAUCACCGGCGUCGACGGGUUGCCCACCUGCGAGAACCUCCCCCCGGAGCCUGAAGCCUUCAGGCCCAUUCCAUACUUUGAAAAGGACACCAAUGGCAUCCAGAUGAGAUUGCUCUUCGAGCCUGCGAACCGUGCCUGGGCCAGGGAGCACGUCGCCCCUAAGCACUUCAUCGACAACGUCACGCACAUCCUGCAGCACCGAGCGGUGGCAACACACUUCGCCUGGGCCAAUCUCUUCGACUGGCUGUACAUGAUGGAUGUGCACAGAGUCAUCAAGACUCUUGAUCUGAUGGAACGCAUCAUAGAGGCAAGGAAGAUUUACGUCCGGGAUAUCGAACAACUUAAGCACUUCGCCGAGAACCCCCAUACUAUCACGCAGCGACGCGACUCCUUAUGCAUUCAGACCAUGUGCCGUAUCAUCGGACUCGACGUCGAUGAUAAUUUCGAUUGGUUGUAUCAGCAGCCGUUUCAACAUAUGCAGCUCAAAAGUCGUGUUGACUGGAUUCGCAAUGUUAUUCUGCCUGCGCACGAAGCCCUUGCCUCGCAUAAGCCUGAACGGAGAGCGGGGAUAGCCGUCUUUGUGGGUGAUUGCGUAAAGUCACUCCAGGAAUCAGACCCCAACGUGAGGCUGUAUGCACUACUUGACCACGAGAUGAUCGAGAUGAUGGGAGACGUGCGCGCGGGUGUACCUCCACUUUAA